CGCCAGCUCGGGAGCGCUCGAAAUAAGCAAGGGAGCCUCCUCCCCGGCAGGAUGACUGCCCCGGCACAGGAGAGGGGGCCCCGCUGAGGGUGGCCGUAGGACUCGCGGGGGCUUCGCGCCGAGCAGGCAGCCAGCCAGGCCUCCCUUCCUGACAUGGAGAGUAACCUGUCCGGCCUGGUGCCCGCUGCUGGGCUGGUGCCUGCGCUGCCUCCUGCUGUGACCCUGGGGCUGACUGCGGCCUACACCACUCUGUAUGCCCUGCUCUUCUUCUCGGUAUAUGCCCAACUCUGGCUGGUGCUCCUGUAUGGGCACAAGCGUCUCAGCUAUCAGACAGUGUUCCUGGCGCUCUGUCUGCUCUGGGCUGCCUUGCGCACCACCCUCUUCUCCUUCUACUUCCGAGAUACCCCCCGAGCCAACCGUCUGGGACCCCUGCCCUUUUGGCUUCUCUACUGCUGCCCUGUCUGCCUGCAGUUCUUCACACUGACACUUAUGAACCUCUACUUUGCCCAGGUUGUGUUCAAGGCCAAGGCGAAGCGCCGGCCGGAGAUGAGCCGAGGCUUGCUGGCUGUCCGAGGGGCCUUCGUGGGGGCCUCGCUGCUCUUUCUGCUGGUGAAUGUGCUGUGUGCUGUGCUGUCCCGCCGGCGCCGGGCACAGCCCUGGGCCCUCCUGCUGGUGCGAGUCCUGGUGAGCGACUCCCUCUUUGUUAUCUGCGCACUCUCUCUUGCCGCCUGCCUCUGCCUUGUCGCCCGGCGGGCGCCCUCCACCAGCAUCUACCUGGAGGCCAAGGGGACCAGUGUGUGCCAGGCAGCAGCGAUGGGUGGCUCCAUGGUCCUGCUCUAUGCCAGCCGGGCCUGCUACAACCUGGCAGCCCUGGCCUUGGCCCCCCGGAGCCGGCUGGAUGCCUUCGAUUAUGACUGGUACAACGUCUCUGACCAGGCGGACCUGGUGAAUGACCUGGGGAACAAAGGCUACCUGGUGUUUGGCCUCAUCCUCUUUGUGUGGGAGCUGCUGCCCACCACGCUGCUGGUGGGCUUCUUCCGGGUGCACCGGCCCCCACAGGACCUGGUGAGGGCCAGCGGAGACGGAGCACCAGCCGCAUCCUCAACGGGCAGGUCUUUGGCUCCCGUUCCUACUUCUUUGACCGGGCCGGGCACUGUGAGGACGAGGGCUGCUCCUGGGAGCAUGGCCGUACCGAGAGCACCAGCAUGUCGGGCAGCCUCGGCUCUGGCAGCUGGUACGGUGCCAUCGGGCGGGAGCCAGGCUGGUGCGGGGGCAGCCAGACACGGACCACUCCUCUGCUCUUCUCCCAGGUGCUGGGACCAGGUGGCCACCACCACAGUCUCUACUCCACCCCACAGACAUGAUCCCCUUCUUGUCUCCCCCUAGAACACCCAGACCCCAGUCCCCCCGUCCCAAGCCCCUGUGCCAAGUUCAUCUGCCACUUCUUGCCCAGGAUCAUGGGAAGCUGUGGCCGCCUCUUCCCCUGGCCGGCUCCUUGCUACUCCUGUCAUAGUGAGCUUGUGCUGUCCCCUAGGAUGGGGGGCAUGGCCCUGGCUGCCAGAUGCCCACAGCACCUUGGCAUGACCUGCCGCCUCCGCUUCUGCACUGGCG